CCUCAACGACACUCCUUUUCUAUUUUAGCUUUAGUUCUUCCCCACCCGUCACUCCUUAUUACCGUUCCUUUUCUACUCUUCCCGCGUGGUCUCAACAACUUUUCCACAUCCUCAAUUGUCGCCAAUCCCGUUCAUGACCCACCGCUAAGACAACACUUCCUCCUCCCUUCGCCCCGGCGCCUUGGGCAUUUCUCCAGUGGUUCUGCUUAUCUCGCAGCCUCGGAGCUCCCUAAGACUUUCGAUACGACUACGACCUUCUUCACGAUCCCAAAUUCUUGAGUAAUUUACAAUUUGUCGCCUUUGUACUCCUUGCUAAGCGGACGUUCAAUUCCGUCUCACAUUUCACCAUGCGGCGCGGACUUUUGAUUUUUAUCUUGGUCAACCUCAUUAUCCUAUCAUUUUUAAUUCGCAGUGUCUCGACACUCUUGUCGCUACUAGUCGAGGAUGCCGCUGCAGACGCCAUUCACCGUUCGGAACUGCCGUCGCCCAAUUCCAGCUUAAUUGAAACGCGCCCUCAGAUCAUCCCCAAGAUCAUUCACCAGACCUACAAGAACGAGACCAUUCCUGAGGUCUGGGUCGAAGCUCAGAAGAGUUGCAUUGAUCUGCACCCGGAUUAUGAGUAUAUUCUCUGGACCAACGAGAAGUCGCGCGAUUUCAUCGCUGCGGAAUACCCCUGGUUCUUGGAUACUUUCGACGGCUACAAGUACCCCAUCCAGCGCGCAGAUUCCAUUCGUUACUUCGUUCUGGCGCACUAUGGUGGCACAUACAUCGAUUUAGACGACGGUUGCAACCGUCGCCUCGACCCCCUGCUCGCCUACCCAGCUUGGGUGCGCCGCACUGUGCCUACUGGUAUCUCCAACGACGCGAUGGGCUCCGUUCCUCAACACCCCUUCUUCCUACGCACAAUUGAGUUAUUGCAACAGUACGACCGCAGCUGGCUGCUCCCCUACGUGACGGUCAUGUACACGACCGGUCCGCUUUUCUUGUCCGUGAUCUGGAAGGAGUACAUGCAAGAGAAGCCCAGUGAAUCAGCUCGUGUGCGCAUUCUGAUGCAGGACGAGUACAACCGCUUCUCCUGGAGCUUCUUUACCCACCACACUGGAAACAGCUGGCACGGAAAGGACGCGCGCUUUAUCUUUUGGAUGGGUCAACACUGGGUGUUCCUGACUAUCAUGGGCUUUGCCCUAGCAGGUGUUGUCGGAAUCUGCCUCUGGUGGACCUAUGGCCGUGUGAUGCUCCUGGGAGCCCAGUACCGUUACCGCUACACCAAGUUGCCCUCCAUUAUCAGCCCGUCCCGUCCAUCUUCUUCGCCCACCCGGCGUGCGCGACGCAUGAUGCCCACCUUGCUCCGACGGGUCAGUUUCAAGGAAGACGAAGAAUCGGCCGGCGUCACAGAGACCUCUUACGAACUCGGUCGCCGUGACGACUAAAAAGAUUCGACUUUCGUCAUCAUUUUCCUUUUGUAUUUGUUGUGUAUCGAUACGGCCUUUGACACGAUCUGCAUCAGCAUUUAUUGUACAACUUUUAUUAUUUAUUUUCGUUUGGGAGCGCAUGCAUGGUGAUCUCAAUUCCGUGGCGGGAACCGGGGUUGACGCUUUCACCUGGAGCACAUUUGGGUCUUCUGUCUUUAUUUAUUGCUGGAGAUGGGCGACCGUUCUUUUCCCGGUAGCUCUGGGCUUCUGCUUCUUUUUCUUCUUCUUUUUUGUCCCCUAUUUACCCUUAUCAAUUUGUAAACAAAGCUAGAUUAUGAUUCGUGGGGUCGGAGGACUUGCAAUUUCUGAUCUUUGCAUGGGUCUGAUAUCUCUGGGGAUUGAUGAAUAUGAAUGGCUCCUAGCAGGGCCAGUUUCAGCUGAA